GAUGGUCGUAAGCGGUGGAGGAAAGUCGUGCAAGUGUGAAAAAUUCGCGAUGGAAAAUGUCGGAUGACAGAAACGAAAAGUGCGAUGGAGUCUGACGGAGGUCGUUUUUGUUGAUUGUGUUGCUCACUGCGAGCCAAGUGUUGUUUUGCUUUGGACAACGUGCGUGUGUGGGUGCAUAGAGGUGUAUGGAGCGGUGGAUGUGUGAAUGUGUACGCGUUGUCAUCUGCAGGGUUGGCAUAGAUCGGAAACUGUUGACAUGGAAUUGAUGGAGAAUGCAGCGGGUGCAACGUAGGGGGAUCCGUGCAAUUUUGUACAUAACCUAGCGUUGACAGAAUUUUCUGUGUCGAGAAUUGCGAAGUUCUCUUGUGUUCUAACGGAGUUUUUAAGUUUUAGUUCUUGAUUUCCAGUUGGACUGUUGGAAAGGGAGACGCUAGCCAGGUUUCGACGGAAUGGGCGCAAGCUGAUCAGGAAGCCGAAUUUUCUGCUAAGGACUGGACAGAUGAAGCUUCAAAGCAACCAUCAUUUGCCGAUUUAUCAAAUAAUUUAAAGCCUUUUAAAAUCCUUACAUACAUAACAAAUGGAUAUAAAACAAACCAACCGAUUGCGUUGCAACGUUUAAAUGACGAAAUGGCAACGCUCGAUGCACAAUUAGAACAUUGGGCCACAAAUAAUUUGCCAUUAGAUAAAUUUAGUAAGCUCCUCACAAAUAAAACAAUGAAAUCGUCGUCAUCAUCAGCAACGCUAUCGACAUCAUCAUCAUCGUCAUCGACAACGAUGUCGACAUCGAAACGUGACAGUUUAGGUAGCAGUAGUAAUGCAAGUACUGGUAGUGCCAGUACUAAUAAUAAUAACAAUAGUGGUAACAGUAGUAAUAGUGGCAGCAAUAAUAACGGUAAUAGUGGUGGCGCUGGUAACAGUUUGAAUGGGUCCGAUUACAAACAGCAACAGCAGAAACAUCAAAAACUUAUCGAACAGAUGAGCAACAGUUUAAAUCUUAGUGAUACCAGUGAAAAUUCAGACGGAAGCGUAACAUGUUCGUAUUGUACGAUAUCGUUCAUUGAUAAAAAUGAACUUCGACAACAUUGUCAAACCGAGAGCCAUCAAAAUGUGAUAAUGUCCGAUGAGGGGCGAGACUGGAAGUGGCGUCCGCCGCCUCGAGGAUAUACGGCCGACUCUUAUUCGCUUUGUGAAAGCUAUUCCGAGUCACAAUCAUGUCACUACGGGAAUCAAUGUGUCGAAGCGCAUGGUAUAGAAGAGCUAAAAGAAUGGAAAGAACGUUUCGAAUAUCGUAAAAUGCGUGUGCAACGGGCUUGUGAAAAAGAACUCUACGGAAAAAGUUACACCGAAGAGAUCCUAGAAAAAUGGGUGCAAGCAACCAGCCCGGAUAAAGUUAUGCGUGAAAAAAUCGACAGUAUCGAGGAGACAUGCUCUAAUGAAUUGGUUACAACGAUAAGUUCCAAAGUGUCGAAGAGAGAAUGGACUUUUGUGCUUAAAACUCAGCGACACUUGCGAGCUGUGGCAUUGCUUCAAGACGCGCACCGGCAUUACUUUUCGAUUAAGUCAAUAGUUCCGGAUUGUAAGGCUAGUAAUAAGAAAUCAUCAGGCGGUUCUUCGUCGUCUAACGCGAAACAACAUGCUGGUGAAAUUGAACUGAAAUGUGAUCAGGAAUGGGCUGCUCCGAAUUAUGAUCGGACUUUUCGACCCACUCAAGACUCCCCCAUGCUUGAACAUCGUAUAAAAGUUGCAUUCAGCACUGACAUCUACGGUACCUUUCGUCAGUCCGUCUGUUUCGAUUUCGGCAGUGAUCCUGUGCUAGUCAAGCAUAUUUGUGUUGACGUUGUACCAGUAGGUGAUGCUGAGAAGAUCCAGGAAAUUAAAAAGGAUAUCAUCAGUUCAGCAUCACAACGCUGGGACGACACUAAUUCCGUUUUAGUUAAGUUUGAAACUACUAUUGGAUCACACCUAAAGACUGAAGCCUACUUAAAUGACUUGAAACGGGAGAAGGAUCUGCUAGAUAGGUACCCAUGUCCGCGUGCAGCUACUUUUACUUUAACCCAAUCAACUAUCCUCGACAAACGGUUGACUAAGAAUAAUUAUCGAUCGCGUAUUCACGAACUACUCUAUGUGGAAGAGAUCGCACGCUACGAACAAAUUGCUAGGUACAACCUCUCAACAAAACUGCGCAUUGCCUCUAACUAUAUGCUUACACCGAGCGGCAUGGCUACCAGUACGGCAAAGUAUUCACAUUCGGGUGAACUGUUCGCGCUAAUGAGUUUGGGAAAAGAUAUUUCCGAGGACACCUCAGCCGGCCGUUUGAUUCUCUCCAAUUGUUCAAGUGUCUAUCUUUCGGCUUCGUUACCGCCAGGUGAAACGGAUACAGGAAAACGUGAAGUGUAUGAAGCAAUGAUUGAAGAUAAAGGAAAGAAUAUGAUUUAUUUGAAACUAUCAGCCAAAUGCGUGCAAGGAUUGAACCUUAAAUCCGACACGGACUUCCAGUCGGACAUUCAAUUCCAACUGAACCGACUCUCCUACUGCGAAUGGCAUAAUGCAAUCGAUCAAAUAGCUGAUUUCCGAAUCAUCUUUCCCGAUACCUAUAUCGAACCAAAUAUACCGUGGACACCGAAAAAACAGUGGUCCGACUCAUGUGAUCCGAAAUUGAAUACAAAACAGAAGGAAGCGAUCAAUGCGAUAACAACUCCAAUCAAUUGUCAGCUGCCUCCGAUACUUUUAAUUGGUCCUUUUGGUACAGGGAAGACGUACACUCUGGCACAGGCAAUAAAGCAACUUUUGAGCCAACCAGAAGCGAAGAUCUUGAUUUGUACACAUUCAAAUUCAGCUGCCGAUUUAUAUAUUAAAGAAUAUUUACAUCCGUGGGUUGAGAAGGGAAUGAAAGAGGCAACACCUCUUCGUGUUUAUUAUCAUAAACGUUGGGUGGCGACCGUAAAUAGUGUGGUACAGAAAUACUGCAUAAUCGAUGGUAAUGGAAAUUUCCGACGGCCCUCAAUCGACGAUAUCCUCAAACAUCGCAUUGUUGUUGUUACAUUAAGCAUUUCAAUGGAGCUAGCAUCGCUUGGUCUACCAAAAGGCUAUUUCACCCAUAUAUUCCUCGAUGAAGCGGCACAAGCAAUGGAAUGUGAAGCGAUCAUGCCUCUUGCUUUGGCCAACGAGAACACCCGAAUCGUCCUAGCCGGUGACCACAUGCAAAUGAGUCCCGAACUUUUUUCGAAUUUUGCCAAAGAGCGUAAGCUUCAUAUAUCUUUAUUGGAGCGCCUCUACGACCACUAUCCUUCGAAUUUUCCAUGCAAAAUUCUACUAUGUGAGAAUUAUCGAGCGCACGAAGCUAUUAUUAAGUUUACAUCGGAACUGUUCUACGAACAGAAGCUGAUAGCAUCGGGCAAACAACCGAGACAUGAGAAAUUUUAUCCGCUUACUUUUUUUACAACGCGAGGUGAGGAUGUCCAGGAUAAGAACUCGACAGCAUUUUAUAACAAUUCAGAAGUUUAUGAGGUGGUCGAGAGGGUUUGCGAACUAAAGAAGAAAUGGCCGAGUUCGUGGGGUAAAAUAAAUGACCAAAGUAUUGGAAUUAUGACACCUUAUGCCGAUCAGGUGUUUCGAAUCCGAUCAGAACUACGGAAACGAAGGAUGGGUGGAAUAUCGGUGGAGCGCGUAUUGAAUGUUCAGGGUAAGCAAUUUCGUGCUAUUUUUUUAUCAACUGUUCGCACGCGACGAACUUGCACACUUAACAACAACAGCGGCAAUUCGGCGGAUGAUUCCGACUACGGGUUUCUGAGCAAUUCAAAACUACUUAACACCGCAAUAACUCGGGCACAAAGUCUUGUGGCUGUUGUAGGAGAUCCAGUUGCUCUAUGCUCAAUUGGUCGCUGUCGUAAAGUCUGGGAACGAUUUAUAGAGAUUUGUCAUCAGAAUAAAUCGCUUUUCGGAAUAACUUGGUCUUACUUACGAUCUCAAUUAGAUGGAGUGGAAUUAAAACGGAGCUACGUGCUUAAUCCACUCGCUCCAGAAUUCAUACCUCGCUCGUUACAACCAGAGUCAUAUUUACGUCAGCAAGCGAUUGCAGCUGCUGCGGCAGUUAGUCAGCAAGUUAUGCAAUCAACUGCCCAGCAGUCGAUCAAUCAAAUUCCGCAGAAUUUCAACAAUCAUCCGUAUGGCAUGAUAGGUCAAAAUGCCGUUGGAGGGCCACAGGUCCUUCAAAAGUCUGUACAGCCCCCAAUACCUCAUACAAGCCCAAUGCAAAUGCGACCCAUUGGACAUCCUCCGCAACAGUAUAAUAUGCCUGGGCCACCGCCACCUUCUCAAGCAAACGCAAAUCCACAGCAAUAUUCACCUUAUAUUAUGUGGCCUCAACAACAACAACAGCAGUCAUCACAGCUGAUUCGUCCAAACUAUCCGCUACACACACAGCCAAACGUCCCGCCCCCUCACCAACAUCAAAUUAGUGGGAACGGAGGAGUAAGCCUUUGGGGUCCCCCACCACAAAAUAAUCCAUGGGGUGUGAUUCCGAAGCCAGGCGUGAAUCCCAAUGUCAAUCCCAACAUGCGACCGCCAUCGCAACCGCCACAGUUGUCGAAUCAGUCGAUGAAUAUGACAAUGAAUAAUCUCAAUAUGCGCCCACCUGGAGCGAUACAGCCUCCACCGUUGCAACAGCAACCGCAUCAAAUGCAACCAAUGCGUAAUCCGCAAGAUCUAGCACACUUAAACAAAUUCGUGUAUCCGAAUCAAAACCCAGUUAUGAUGAACCAGUUAAAUUUACGAAACCAACUGCACAAUGGACCGACAAGUCCAGCUGACAUAUCUCGCAGUGGCGCAAACAGCGCUGCUGCCGCUAUUGGAAGUGCUGCGAACCUGCAUUUACCGAAUAUGAAUAGCUUCUCAGCACAUCCAUACCUCACGGCACCUACACAGCCAAAUCUUUAUCCCAAGGAAAAGGAAAUUCAAUUUCUUAACAACGUUCACAAUAUUCCUGUGAAUUUGAAUACUGGCCCGAUGCAUCCGCCCCCACAGCCGCCGCCGAAUACACAGCAGUUUCCAGAUUUCAGUGCCCUGCUUCCGCCGAAUAUGAACUUUUAUGAUAUGGCGUUGGAACCGAAAGAGAUUCAGUAUAAAUGGUAUUUGCAUCUAUUAGAGCAUCAGGGCCAGGAAGCUGCAAACAAAUUUACGGAUAUUCUGAGACAAGUAAUGGCAGCAGCCAGCACGAUAACAUCAAAGAAUCUAUUAGUGCCGCCGCAACAGACACCCUUGCAACAACCUCAACAGACCCAACUACCUCCUCAAUUGGCUGUGGCCGGAAAUGGGCAAAUGAGACCAAGUCCUCAGCAACAAUUGGGGCAGUUGAGUUCCUUAUCCAGUUCUUCGCUUUCAUCGCUUGCUAGUAGUUCAGCACCCGAUAAUAACAAUAUCAACUUUAACCAACAAAUUGAUUUGGUCUUCAAUUCAUUGAUGAGCGGGAAUGAAAUGAGUCAACCAAUUUUGCGUGAUCUGCUUGGAAUGGUUAGUUCCACGACAAAUGCCGCAGGCAACAAUAGCAAUCUCUUGGGAAAGGAACCUAUGCAGCAUCCUUUACAGCCUCCGCCACCAUCUCAACCACAACCGCAACAUGCACCCUAUCAACAAUCUCCAAUGGUUAAUAGUGGACAGUUAAUUCCAACUUCAGCUAAUGUCGCGGAUAUAAACGCUGGGUCGAGAGUUGAAUCGGUCCCGUUGUACAGGCGACAAGUAAUGGGCAAUGGCAGUGCUAGUUACAGCAGCACACCUUCAUCCCAUCCGGCAUCAAUCGAUUCGCCUGACAUCAUAAGCGAUACCUUGAACAAUGCUAGCUUCAUGGAAUCCCUUUUCUCUGCGAACGAUCUGAAUCAUUAUGCUAGCGUCAGCACUAUACAAAAACUAUUCAAUAACUAUGAGCUAAAACCAACCUCAAGUGAAUGCAAUGAUCUACUAUUGGCGUCCCGCAAUGCAUCCCAACACAGCCAACUACAGCAUUUUCCCCAGCAACAACCACAAUCACAACAUCCCCAACAGCAUCAUCAGCCGCAACAAUCACAACAAUCGAGCGGAGCAAUGAACACGCAUGCUACAUACGCUGCAGUUCUUAGUCAAGGACCGAACUUAUCAGCCAACAUGACUUCCAACAAUCAUCAUCAACAGCAACAGCAACAACAUCAUCAUCAACAGCAACAAUCGAUGAAUUCGCAUUUACAUUUGGCUAAUAGCGCUCCUAAGAGCUCCUCUUCAAUGUCAAUCGUGACGACCGGAUCUCAUGCCCACCCCAAUAACCAAUCGAAUCACCAAACAGCCGGUGGUGCACACAAUGAUGUCCGGGAUCCUUUUGCAGCCAUUCGCGAAUUGGGGCAAAGAUCCAAUGGUUUUUAUAAUUAUUUUCAGUGAAGUGAAAAAAGUGACAAAUAUAAUGAAAGUUAUAUUUGGAAGAAUGAAUAGAAAUGGGGAGAGAAGGUGUGGAAGUGAACGUAGAGAGAGAGAUAAGAUUUUAAAUGUGGUUUAUACUUUAAUAUAACAAAAAAAAAACUAGAAAUACAAUAAGUAAAAAACUGAUGAGAAAAAAAUCGAAAAAAAUAGUCAUUUAAAACUUAUUUAAGACGUGCAUGUGCAUCGCUUAAAAGGUCAUAAGCAAACAAAAAAAAACUACAAAAUAAUGUAAAUUUAAAAGUUAUAUAUAUUAAAAAUAUUGAGGAUAUUUAAAUACAAACAAGUUAGACUUAGAGAAACACAAAAAAAGUAUGAAAACUACACAAAAAAUUUUGAUUUACACACAUACCCAUAUAUUGUAAUCUUCAUUUUAAUGCUUUUUUACUUUUAUUCAUAUUAUAAUUACUACUAUAAACUAUUACUGUACAGUGAUGAUGUUCUUUGUACUAAUUUAACUGUCGUAAGUAUUCAUUUCUUUAUACGUUAAUUUGCUUUGUCAGGCGUAAAGCUGAACAAAAAGUCAGAAAAAAAAACAAAUUCGUAAUUUUUAUUCGAAUUCUUUUCACCUUAAAACAAUCGUCAUGAAAUAGUGUCGAUUGACUAAGGGAAAAUAAUGAUAGGAAAGCUUGGAGAAGAUUAUCUGCUACCAUAGUUUUUAAAAAAUUUGUUACGAAGCAUUUAUCCAAGGUUAUCGUGCCUUUGUUGUGUAUGGUUGGCGCUAGCUCGUCCGCCAACCGGGGAUAGCGUCUGUCUUCAAUCUGUAGUUUUUCUCACAAAUAAAAUUGGCUUGGACAAUAUUUUUUGACGCUAUAAAACUGUCAAAAUAAUCAGCCCUACAAUUCUGGUCGGCUCGGCUGAAGAAAGAUUUCUCCUGUACCUAUGGAGCCUAUUUAUAGGACUUCAAAGCCACUUCACUGUUUGCGUAUUCUAUAUAUGCCAGUUGCGCCCAGAAAAUUAUUAACUCUGCUAUUUUCAUCUCUCCCUGCCGUUAAUUACUUGGUGGAGGAGGGUGGUAAUAACUCUUCACAAUCAUCUUGACACUCUUCACAAGACGCGUGACUUUUAUGACAAUUGUAAGUUUCAGUGGAAGCAAAAGUUGGUUUUAAUCGCCAAAAAGCAGCCUCUUCUUUAUAUAGAUAAUACCACAGACCGUUCAUUGACUCCUUACUGUAAUUUCUGUUGAAUAAAUUUACCCUCCUCCGACAUUUGUUCUUUUUCCACUAAGCAGAUUCGGUUACAAUGCACCGAAUUAAACCAGACAAGCAUUGAGAGAAAAAUGUGGUAGCCAAUUUCUAAUUAUCUUCAUUUAAUUCGUAUCAAUUUCGUUCUGUGUGUACUAAGUGAAAUAUUUUUUUAAACUUUAUUAGCAUGAAAACAAAAUGGAAAAAAAUGAAAUAUCGAAUAUAAUUAAUCAAGACAGUUGAGAAUGCUUUUAAAAAUGAAAUAUUAAGUCUAUUUUCUAGUGUAUUAAGAAAAAUAUAUAUAAUAACAAUCAAUAUUAGCAAAAAAAAAAGAAAAAAUGAAGAGAGUAAAAGUAAAAUGUGAUGUUAGUAUUUAAACUCGUAAGGUGGAUAUGAAAAAAGAAAAUAAAAAUUGUAUAAAAGAGAGAAAAUCAACAAAAAAAUUAACCUAUAGCAUAAACCUCACUGUCUUUAUAUUACACAGUUAAUUAUAAUUGUUUUAAUUUAUGUCUUUUUGAAAAUAUCAUGGAACUACCCACUAUUAAAAUUGUAUAUAAUUUUGAGCGACAUACAUGCAACAAACGUAUAUUACAAAUAACCUAAUAAAUAUAUACUAGCAAACAAAUGAAAGAAAACUUAAAAAAAAAAUAUGAAAUAAUAUUAAAAUGUAUUUUAACGGAACAAAAUAUUGAAUUAACAAACCACAGACCACAAAAAAAAUUCUACGAAAUAUAUUAAUAAUUUAUUGAAAACAUACGCAUAUAUUUUAGUGAAGAAAUAAAAUAAAAACAAACAAAAAGUAUCGACAGUAAAAAAGCAGAAAAACACACUUUGAAUUGACAAAAAAGGUAACAACAAAAAAAGAAAAUAAUUGCUAUGAAUAGCAUUCAAAACUCAUAUAAAAGUGACAUAAGAUUAUUACGAUGCACUUUUUAAAAAUAUCUACAUAUAUAAAAACAAUUUUAUUAUGAAAUGUAUAGAAAAUACAAGAAAAUGAGACAAAAAAAUUGUAUAUUACUACGAAAGGAAAAAGAUUCAAAAAACACACAAUCGAAACAUAACUUUAAAAGUAAAAUCACUAACGGAAAGCAAAGAUUCAAGAAAAAAUAGAUAAAAAAAAGAACAAAAUACAAGAAAAAAAAU